ACGAGUUUUUGGUUCAGGAAUUUCUUGAAUUCCCGAUCAGCCAAAUUAGGGUUUCGGAGUAUCCGGAAGCCGGAUUGAGCCCAAAUUUCAUAUACGAGCUUCCUGCAGCGAGGUAAUCAAUCAUCUAGUUCUAAUCCCUGAAUUUCGGCUAUUAUUUAGGCCGGGGUCCAAACCGCUGAAUUUAGCUCCGGCCAGGGUUUGAUGUGUUUUUAUCGAGAAUUUGACCCGGAGCCUAGAACUAAUAUUGACGGGGAUACUGCAGGGGAUAUUAGGACGGUCUCGGAUUUUAAUUCGGGGUUCGUUUGUGAAAUUGACGUUUUAGUACGGGAGGCUAGAACCGGUGUUUGAACGACCAGAACUGGUGAGGGAUUAGCACGGCAUACCGGGUUUGUCGUAUCACGAUAAUUAUAUUGAUGCUUAGAAUUGAUCUAGGUGAAUUAGAAUGACAUGAUUAGGGGUGUAUGAGCUUUUAUGCUAUAUGAUGAACCAUGGAUUGUUGUAUGAUAUUAUUGACUUGCCCUAGCCGAUAUGAACCUUGUUUAUGUUGAUGAUUGCAUACAUAUUGCCAUUUGUGGCUUAAUUGUUGAUAUGACUUCAUGGUUGUUCGAUAAGGGGUUUUGACAUGGUGUGAUAUUAUGGUUGUAUUUGGAUCCAUAAGUGGGGGAAUAAACUUCCCAGGGUGAUAUUAUGAUAUUUAAGGAGGAUGACUUGCACGAGGGUUUAUCCCGAGGAAGUGCAAUUAUACGACUCCUGGUUUACCUAUGUUGAGCCAAUUAUGGGCAGGUCAAGUACAUGUGCAAGUAACGAAUUAUGAUUAAGCAAGAUGAUAUAUGAAUCAUGUAUAAGGAUACCAAAUAUGAGUGUUGUGGUCUCACGGUCAACUACAUAGUAAUUAGGGCUCCCUAUGCUAUUACUCUAUUAUGAUAUGUAUGAUAGUCACACCUCUCAUGUGGUGGUGACUGAAGAAUUCUUACGAGAUAUGACCACACCCAGAGCGGUGUUGGGGUAUGACUACACCCAUAGUGGUGUGGGGUAUGUAUGACCACAUCCGACGGGAUGUUGGGGUAUGUAUGACUACAUCCGACGGGAUGUGGGGUAUGUUUCCCGGGAGAGUUAUUAGCAUGGGAGUAGCCAGGCGCCUAUGAUUAAAACAUGAUAAGAUGCAUAUGCAUAAGUCAAAGUGGUUGAGUCUUUUUCUUAUUGGGAUAUGAGGAUGGCUGAGGUCCGAUCCUAGUGUUUUGGCUUGUUUGCUAGAUGUAUGGUAGGGGUAUGCUCUGUUAUGAACUCACGAUGCUAUGAUUAUCUCACUCAGCUAUGAGCUGACCCUCUUUUAUUCUUCUUCUCUGCUUAUGCUAUGUGUAAGCAGAUCAUCAGCAGCAGCAGUAGAUAAGUGUUAGGUGGGAGAGGAGCUAGAGUUGAAGCCAGGAUGAGGUAUGGUCUUCAACUAUUCUGUGCUUGGACUACUACUUGGGAUUUUGGCCAGUGAUCCACACCUUUUUGUAAAAAUGUUUUGAGAACAUUUUCAUGUGCAUACUAGCUUCGAAUGUAGUGUGAGAUAUCCACAGGUGUGGAAAGUUAAUGAUAUGUGUAUAUGUUGUGUAACUGUGUAAGUUGUGACGAUUAUGGUAUGUAUAAGUAUGGUAUGCAGUUAGGAAGUAUGAAAAGUGUGACUAUGGCUAAGAAAAGCCAAUGCAUAUGGUUGUGAGUAUAUAUGUUUGUGAUGAAUUAUUUUGCAGGUUAAGUUGCAAGAACUGUUAGCCCAUUACGCGAGUUAUUCAUGUCGAAAUUUUAUUUAGGUAAAUUUUGAUAAUUAAUGUAACGCCCGAGAUUAAUUCCGCUGCAAUUGUAUAAACAAUAUGAUUAGGCAAAACGUAUAGGGUAGGGUGUUACAGUUUGGUAUCAGAGCCCGGUUCCCUCUUUUUGCUGUUAUGGCGUACUAUACCCUAUCGGAGGUUAAACACUCCUAAGGAGGGGAGUGCCCCAUAAUGACUUAAACUGGGAAUUGAGUUUGACAUGAUUAUGUGUAUUGGUAUGUUGGAUGAAAUUAUCUGCAUCAUGGUUUUCAAAAUUGAGUUUUGAACUUCUAUGUUUUCAAGUAAUUAUUUUGGAAAAUUUUUGUUUUAACCAAGUGAGAAAUUUGGUGAGGAAUGAAUUUUGUGUGGAUCAAUCUAAGGCCAAUAUUUCCUUGUAGCUCGCACGGAAGUUGUGAAAAUGUUCCUACUGACCAGUCGAGAGGAGUGGGGGCGGUUGAUGCAAGACCGCCAGUAUUAGACUAUGCAAAGAUGAAGAGUUUGGGUGGUAGGGACUUUAAAGGAGAUGUGAGUCCGGAUGCUGUGGUAGAGUGGUUGAGGGAGAUGGAAGAUGUGUUUGAAUAUCUUUAUGCGACCCCAGAGGAAAAAGUACAAUAUGUUGUUUUUCUCCUAAAGGGGUACGCGAGGAGCUGGUGGUCUUCAGUCUCUAGAGUUAAUGGUGAACGAGUUCAGUUCACCUGGGAGGAGUUCCUGAAGGCCUUUAAGACAGAGUUUCUUCCCGAAGCUUUUAUCAGGGCAAAGAACAAUGAAUUUGCCAACCUUAAGCAGGAGAAUAUGACAGUUACUGAGUACACCAUCAAGUUUGUUCGACUGCUUUACUUUGAGGAUGGGUUGGCGGAUACUGAGCAAAAGAAGAAGAUGAGAUACUUGCAUGGUCUGCGCAUAGGAUUGAAAGAAAAGAUCCACAGGGUUGAUGAAGAGAGCAUGGCCACAAUCAAGGAGGCUGCACUUAAGUAUGAAGCCUAUGAAGUUGAGAGCCGAGAGGAACACAAGGCUAAAGAAGAGGAGAAGAAGAGGAAGUUUGGAGUAAAUUAUGCUGGACCUCGUUACCCACCCAGGAGAGGUCCUAGCAGUUUUGGGAGAACACAGAGUCAAUCUAUGUCGGGAACAUCAUACAGGGCACCAAUUUCCUCAGCCACACAAUUUCCAUUUUGUCAAGUUUGUCAGAAGAGGCAUCUUGGAGAGUGUAGGAGAUUUUCUCGUGUAUGCUUUCAGUGUGGCCAACCUGGGCACAUCAUGAGGGAUUGCCCGCAUUCGAGAGAAGUAAGAGCUACACAGUCCGAGCCUUCAGUGCAAUUUAGUAGAGCCCCAUUCAGGGGUGGUUACCAGGGAGGCCGUAGUGGAUUUCAGAGUGGUCGUGGUGGUUCACAGGGUGGUAGAAGUGGUGGUCGAAAUCAACCAUCAGGAAGUGGUACGCAGGGUACCAGAGCACAGGGAGCACCAAGGGUUUAUGCAAUGACUCGAGGUGAGGCAGAAGUGGCACCAGAAGUUGUGACUGGUAUGCUUUCUAUCCUUGGCAAGCAAUUAUAUGCUUUGAUCGAUACUGGUUCCUCUCACUCAUUCAUGUCAUAUACGUUUGCACAUAUGCUACGUUUAGUUCCAGAUAAGCUAGGCUAUACCUUAUGUGUUAAAACACCUGUGGGAGAUACCUUGAAGGUAGACUCAGUUAUUAGAAGUUCCUUCAUUUGUGUGGAAGGAGCUUUCCUAGCAGCAGAUUUAAUUCUGCUACCUUUUGAUGAAUUUGAUGUCAUCCUUGGAAUGGACUUUCUGGCAACACAUGGAGCUGUUGUGGAUUGUCAAAAGAAAGAAGUGUUAUUCAACACACCAGAUAAAGGUCCUGUUGUAUUCCGAGGCAUUAAGAAAAAGGAGACUCGUGGUUUUCUUUCUGCCUUGGAAGCUUUUCGAUUAGUGAAGGAAGGUUGUGAAGCCUUUCUUGCUCAAGUUACUAUAGUAAAUGAUAAGAAGGUUGAGGAUGUAGAGGUGGUAAGGGAAUUUCCUGAUGUAUUCCCCGAAGAACUUCCCGGCCUUCCACCAGAAAGGGAAGUAGAGUUUGAUAUUGAAUUGGUACCUGGCACAACACCAAUUUCAAUGGCACCAUAUAGAAUGGCACCAAUUGAGCUGAAGGAGCUUAAAGAACAAUUGCAAGAAUUGUUAGAUAAGGGGUUUAUUCGACCUAGCAUCUCACCUUGGGGUGCACCGGUUUUGUUUGUCAAGAAGAAAGAUGGUUCCAUGAGAAUGUGCAUUGACUACCGGAGGUUGAAUAAGGCGACAGUGAAGAAUCGUUAUCCCCUUCCAAGAAUAGAUGAUUUGUUUGAUCAAUUGCAGGGUGCAUCAGUCUUUUCUAAGAUUGAUUUGAGGUCUGGAUACCAUCAAUUGAAAGUGGCAGAUGGAGCAACUUCAAAGACUGCUUUUAGAACAAGAUAUGGGCAUUAUGAGUUCCUGGUAAUGCCUUUUGGACUCACUAAUGCACCAGCGGUAUUUAUGGCUCUUAUGAACAGAGUUUUCCAUGAAUAUCUUGAUAAGUUUGUGAUUGUGUUCAUAGAUGAUAUUCUCAUCUAUUCUAAAAGCGAGGAGGAGCACAAAACUCACCUUAGAAUUGUGUUGCAAAUUUUAAGGGAGAAACAAUUAUAUGCAAAAUUCUCAAAAUGUGAGUUUUGGCUGAAGGAGGUAAUAUUUCUGGGACAUGUAAUUUCUGGAAGAGGUGUCGAGGUGGAUCCGAAAAAGGUGGAAGCAGUGGUGAGUUGGACUCCACCAAAAGAUGUGUCGGAGUUGAGAAGUUUUCUUGGCAUGGCUGGUUAUUAUCGGCGGUUUGUCGAAGGAUUUUCUAAAAUUGCUGCACCAUUGACUAAACUGUUGAGGAAGAAUACUAAGUAUGUUUGGGAUGAAUCAUGUCAAAAGAGUUUUGAUGAACUGAAAAAGAGAUUGACCACAGCACCAGUACUUGCACUACCUUCAAGUCAGGGAGAGUUUGUGGUGUAUAGUGAUGCCUCGUAUCAAGGAUUGGGCUGUGUGUUAAUGCAAGAUGGAAGAGUUAUCGCAUAUGCCUCUAGGCAAUUGCGUCCUCAUGAAGUAAAUUAUCCCACUCAUGACUUAGAAUUGGCAGCGGUGGUAUUUGCUCUCAAGAUUUGGCGACAUUAUUUGUAUGGUGAGACUUUUAAAAUUCUAACUGAUCACAAAAGCUUGAAGUAUAUUAUGGAUCAGAAGGAUUUAAAUAGUCGCCAGAGGAGAUGGAUAGAGUUGUUGAAAGAUUAUGAUUGUACCAUUGAUUACCAUCCAGGUAAAGCUAAUGUAGUUGCUGAUGCUCUGAGCAGAAAGGGGAAGAAGAAUAUAAAUGAUCUGGUUGAUUUGAGGGCAAUGAAUGUUGAUUUGGAAGUGGAUGGUGUAACAGGGUUACUAGCUCGGUUGAACAUUCGACCUUUGUUGCAUGACAAAAUUCAUGAGAAGCAGAAGGAGGACCCAGAGUUGGUAAAAAUCAUUCAAGACAUUGAGGAAGGAAAAGAAAGCCCAUUUGAAAUGGUAGAUGGCAUGUUGAAGAUUAAUGGAAGAGCAUGUGUUCCUAAUGUUGAUAACUUGAGGAAAGAGAUCCUAGAUGAAGCUCAUUCUUCUGCUUAUGCUAUGCACCCAGGAGCAACUAAAAUGUAUCACACGAUCAAACCAUAUUUUUGGUGGCGUGGGAUGAAAAAGGAAGCGGCUGAACAUGUUUUCACAUGUCUAGUAUGUCAGAAAGUUAAGGCAGAACAUCAAGCUCCUGUGGGAAAACUGCAACCACUUCCAAUUCCAGAAUGGAAGUGGGAAAGAAUCACAAUGGAUUUUGUAUAUGGUCUCCCAUCAUCAAGGGGAAAAGAUGCAGUAUGGGUUAUUGUGGACCGACUGACCAAAUCGGCUCACUUUUUACCCAUUAGAUGGAAACCAUCACUGGAGACUUUGUCUCAACUAUAUAUUAAGGAGAUCGUCAGAUUGCAUGGUGUGCCAAUUUCUAUUGUCUCUGAUCGAGACCCGAGCUUCACAUCUCGGUUUUGGCAAAGUUUACAUGAUGCCUUGGGAACUAAACUGCAUUUUACUUCAGCUUAUCAUCCUCAAACAGAUGGGCAGAGUGAACGAACCAUCCUUACCUUAGAAGAGUUACUUCGAUCAUGUGUAAUGCAAUGGGAGGAAUCAUGGAUUGACCAUUUGCCCUUAAUUGAGUUUGCUUACAACAACCAGUACCAUAGUAGUUUGGGUGUUCCACCAUAUGAAGCACUUUAUGGGAGGAAGUGUAGAACACCAUUAUGUUGGGAUGUAGAAGGAGCAAGGCAAAUCUCAGGGCCAGAGAUAGUCCAGAUCACAGUUGACAAGGUCAAGAAAAUCAGGGAGCGGUUGAGGGUGGCUCAAGAUCGACAGAAAGUUUAUGUUGACACGAAUAGGCGUGAAGUUAAUUUCGAAGUGGGUGAGAAAGUAUUUCUCAAAGUGUCACCAUGGAAAGGGGUGAUGAGAUUUGGUAAGAAAGGAAAGCUUGCACCUCGAUAUAUUGGACCAUAUGAAACCACAGAGAAGAUUGGACCCGUGGCAUAUAAACUAGCAUUGCCUCCAGAGCUAUCCCAAAUCCACAAUGUAUUUCAUGUUAGUAUGCUGAAGAGGUACAAAGUGGAUCCUUCCCAUGUUAUACAACCAGAAGAGAUCGAGUUGGGUUCAGAUUUAACUUUUGAGGAGGUUCCAGUUGAGAUUGUUGAUUACCAGAUUAAGAAUCUUCGUAGGAAGGAAAUCCCAAUGUUGAAAGUGGUUUGGAGAAAUCAAGAUAGUGAGGGUGCUACAUGGGAAACUGAAGCAAGUAUGCGAGAGAAGUACCCUGAGUUGGUAGCAACCUACUUUACAGGUUAACAAUCUCGCUUAAUAAGUUAUGUUUUGAACUUGCUGAUGUGCUUUUGUUGUGAUAGCCCAGUAUAGGUUUUGAAACCUAAACAUGGGAACUUGAGGUGUUAUGUGUUACUUUCUAUGUUAUGAAUUGCCUAACCUAAGAGUUAGGUAAUGACUUUAUGUAUGAUAGACCAUGUUAAGGGUAAGUAAGAGGAGUUAGAGUACGACUCAAGGUUAGAUUUCGAGGACGAAAUCUUUUAAGGAGGGGAGAAUUGUAACAUCCCGUUACGGCAAAACCCAUAUUUCGAUCGCUAGAAAAUUUCACGAUUUAAAAUCGAGCAUUUCGACACUAUUUUGACGAAAAUCGGAUUAUCGAUCGAUCGGAUAAGUAUACGUAUUAAUUAUAUAUAUAAUAUAUUAUAUAUAUAUAUAUAUAUAUAUAUAUAUAUAUAUAUUAGUAAGUAGUCGGAGAGGCAGAGCCAUUAUUUCUUCUUCUUCUUUCAUUCGGUUGAGAGAAAGCCGAGAAGCAGAGCUCGCACAGAGCUCAUAUGAAAAAAUUUCAAAGCUCCAAAUCUUGAGUUCUACUGAUCCAAAAAUCCCGUAAGUAAUGCCUAAUUCAUCUAUACAUCGUGUUUUAUCGAUUUAGAGCUUUAAAACGAGUUUUUGGUUCAGGAAUUUCUUGAAUUCCCGAUCAGCCAAAUUAGGGUUUCGGAGUAUCCGGAAGCCGGAUUGAGCCCAAAUUUCAUAUACGAGCUUCCUGCAGCGAGGUAAUCAAUCAUCUAGUUCUAAUCCCUGAAUUUCGGCUAUUAUUUAGGCCGGGGUCCAAACCGCUGAAUUUAGCUCCGGCCAGGGUUUGAUGUGUUUUUAUCGAGAAUUUGACCCGGAGCCUAGAACUAAUAUUGACGGGGAUACUGCAGGGGAUAUUAGGACGGUCUCGGAUUUUAAUUCGGGGUUCGUUUGUGAAAUUGACGUUUUAGUACGGGAGGCUAGAACCGGUGUUUGAACGACCAGAACUGGUGAGGGAUUAGCACGGCAUACCGGGUUUGUCGUAUCACGAUAAUUAUAUUGAUGCUUAGAAUUGAUCUAGGUGAAUUAGAAUGACAUGAUUAGGGGUGUAUGAGCUUUUAUGCUAUAUGAUGAACCAUGGAUUGUUGUAUGAUAUUAUUGACUUGCCCUAGCCGAUAUGAACCUUGUUUAUGUUGAUGAUUGCAUACAUAUUGCCAUUUGUGGCUUAAUUGUUGAUAUGACUUCAUGGUUGUUCGAUAAGGGGUUUUGACAUGGUGUGAUAUUAUGGUUGUAUUUGGAUCCAUAAGUGGGGGAAUAAACUUCCCAGGGUGAUAUUAUGAUAUUUAAGGAGGAUGACUUGCACGAGGGUUUAUCCCGAGGAAGUGCAAUUAUACGACUCCUGGUUUACCUAUGUUGAGCCAAUUAUGGGCAGGUCAAGUACAUGUGCAAGUAACGAAUUAUGAUUAAGCAAGAUGAUAUAUGAAUCAUGUAUAAGGAUACCAAAUAUGAGUGUUGUGGUCUCACGGUCAACUACAUAGUAAUUAGGGCUCCCUAUGCUAUUACUCUAUUAUGAUAUGUAUGAUAGUCACACCUCUCAUGUGGUGGUGACUGAAGAAUUCUUACGAGAUAUGACCACACCCAGAGCGGUGUUGGGGUAUGACUACACCCAUAGUGGUGUGGGGUAUGUAUGACCACAUCCGACGGGAUGUUGGGGUAUGUAUGACUACAUCCGACGGGAUGUGGGGUAUGUUUCCCGGGAGAGUUAUUAGCAUGGGAGUAGCCAGGCGCCUAUGAUUAAAACAUGAUAAGAUGCAUAUGCAUAAGUCAAAGUGGUUGAGUCUUUUUCUUAUUGGGAUAUGAGGAUGGCUGAGGUCCGAUCCUAGUGUUUUGGCUUGUUUGCUAGAUGUAUGGUAGGGGUAUGCUCUGUUAUGAACUCACGAUGCUAUGAUUAUCUCACUCAGCUAUGAGCUGACCCUCUUUUAUUCUUCUUCUCUGCUUAUGCUAUGUGUAAGCAGAUCAUCAGCAGCAGCAGUAGAUAAGUGUUAGGUGGGAGAGGAGCUAGAGUUGAAGCCAGGAUGAGGUAUGGUCUUCAACUAUUCUGUGCUUGGACUACUACUUGGGAUUUUGGCCAGUGAUCCACACCUUUUUGUAAAAAUGUUUUGAGAACAUUUUCAUGUGCAUACUAGCUUCGAAUGUAGUGUGAGAUAUCCACAGGUGUGGAAAGUUAAUGAUAUGUGUAUAUGUUGUGUAACUGUGUAAGUUGUGACGAUUAUGGUAUGUAUAAGUAUGGUAUGCAGUUAGGAAGUAUGAAAAGUGUGACUAUGGCUAAGAAAAGCCAAUGCAUAUGGUUGUGAGUAUAUAUGUUUGUGAUGAAUUAUUUUGCAGGUUAAGUUGCAAGAACUGUUAGCCCAUUACGCGAGUUAUUCAUGUCGAAAUUUUAUUUAGGUAAAUUUUGAUAAUUAAUGUAACGCCCGAGAUUAAUUCCGCUGCAAUUGUAUAAACAAUAUGAUUAGGCAAAACGUAUAGGGUAGGGUGUUACAUCGUCUCUGCGCCGUAUUCUCGGAAUUAGAGUCUCACAAAGUUUGUGAUAUGUGACUCUGGAUGGAACCGUCAACUGAAAACUACUACCACCAACGAAUUUGACACCCAAAUUAUCCUCUACUUUCUCCGAUUUCCACCGAACAACUAGUUCAAAUCUUCUAAAAUCACUACAAAAAAACAAACUCACUAAUUAAAAACUAAACACAAUCAUAAUAGCAUUUGAAUAAUAUAAUUACAAAAAUAAAUGUGUCUCUUACCUAGCCAUUUUUGCAGCAGCAACCAGAGCUCUCUCCUCUAUUUUGGACGAUUUUUUUUGUGGUGUGAAUCUGAAACGAAAUGUCUGUCUGGGUUUUAUAGGGUUGGUGGCCAAUCCACCUACUCGCCUCAGUCUCGGGCGCCACCGCCGGAGUCUUGAUUUCCCACCUACUCGCUUCAGUCUCGGGCGCCGCCGCCUGAGACUCGGGCGCCACCGCCCGAGUCUAAUAAAACGGUCCAAAAACCAAGUCUUAAGCGGCGGCGCCUGAGUCUCAGGUGUACCCGCCAAUUCUGAUGUAUAAAACACAAUAUCUUUGUCAAUAGUUAUUAAUUGGCCAUAUUCGUGGUAAAUUUAAAAAAAAAACAAUAUUUAUGUCAUUGUUCCAAUUAUGGUUUCUUUCUUGGUCUUUUAAUUAACAUAAUGAAUAAUU